GCGUACCAGGGACUGGUCGGUGCAGGGCCAAGCGCGCUUUGCCCCAAGCAUCCGAGCUCGGCGCCCCGGUCGUAGGGCAGUGCAGUGCAGUAACUGUCUAACGCCAGUCCCGAGCUCAGCCUAUGGCAGCCAGGUCGCGCAUCAAGGAUGGCCGCAGGGAGCAGCGAGACGCCUUCCGAAGUUGUGUCGAGAUACAGAGAGUGGUUUAGAUGGAGGACGAGGGGGGCAGAUGAUUGGAGGAGGGGGAGAAAGAGGAGGAGGAGGAUGAUCGUAAGGGCAUAGCGCGGCGAAGAAGCCGGUGGCAUCGGCAGGUCAGGGUAUAGCAAGAACAGAGAGCGCAAGAAGGGAGAAGCUAUGGUGUACGGCUGUGCGUGCGUUUGACGAGAACAAGCUAGCUAGCUAUGGUGGACGUUUGCAGGUGCGGUGCAUGAAGGGUAUGAAGAGGGAAUGACCCGGGGUGGGGGGGAAGUGGGGGAGGUGGCUUUUCAGCCAGACCAGACAGAUCAGACGCUAUGGCGAGCAAAGGUCAAAUGCGGAAGUUGAGGAAGAAGAACGGGAUGGCGGCGGCGUCUGCGAAACUUGUUGACGUUCGGAAAUUCGGAGGUAGCGGCACUACCAGUAGCGGUGGCUGCUUUAAUCAGGGCCCUGCGAACGGAUUGGCGGGGAUUGCUCCCGCGGCGGGAGCGGGUCACCCUCCUCCUCCUCCUCCUCCUCAUCAUCAUCAGUACCAUCAGUCGGGAUGCCCAUCCAAAGAGUCCGGACGGGACGCGUGUACCACUACUACCACCUCGAACACUACGGGUAAUUACAAAUACCGAAGUUCUCAAGAUGAGGACGAUGGCGGCGCCAGCAGCGCGGGCGAUUACUCUGAGACCGAGGACGAAGGACUGUCGGGAUACCGACGAGGCGGCUACCACCCUGUUAAGAUCGGGGAAGUGUACAAUUGGGGUCGCUACGUCGUGGAGCGAAAGUUGGGAUGGGGUCAUUUCUCGACAGUGUGGCUGGCUUGGGACGUGACGGCGAAGAGACACGUGGCCCUGAAGGUCCAGAAGAGUGCGGCCCAUUACACGGAAGCGGCCAUGGACGAGAUAACGCUGCUGGAACAGAUCGUCCGCGGAGAUCCCGGCGACGUGUUCCACGUGGUCCGCCUUCUGGACCAGUUCAAGCACAGCGGGCCAAAUGGAAACCACGUGUGUAUGGUCUUCGAAUUGCUGGGUGACAAUUUGCUCACUCUGAUCAAGCGGUACAAUUACCGCGGCAUGCCCAUUCCGAUGGUGAAGGAGCUUUCCCGCCAAAUCUUGAUUGGGCUGGACUACUUGCACCGACAGUUGUCAAUCAUUCACACUGACCUGAAGCCGGAGAACGUGCUCUUGGUGCACCCAUUGGACCCCUCGAAAGAUCCGCGAAAGACAUGUUUGAGGCACGCUAAUUACGAUCGAGAGAAUCAGCAGGAUCAGGGUUUUACCGAUCAGCGAACAGCGGAGGUGAUGACGUCAUCAGCGGCGGCGAUCGAGCCAUCUACUGCCGCCGCCGCCGCCGCCGGCUCAAAGAGUACAAAACCAAUCGCGACGCCCACGACGACGACGAUGGGGAAGGGUGGCCGGGAGUUGCGCGAGGAUGAGACGGGGACGGCGAGUUGGGAAGCGGCGGUGAUGGAGGAGGGGGGAGCCACAGCAGCAGCAGCGACGGCGGCGGCGGGAGGAGCGGGGGAGGCUAGAAACAGCCCCACAAGGAAAGGAGUAGUAGUAGGAGGGACAGAGGGGCUGACGAGGAAUCAGAAGAAGAAGCUAAAGAAGAAGGCGAAGAAGGCUGGUGCGGUGAUGAUCGGCGGCUCUGAUGAUGGAAAAGUUACGGGGGGUGGUGGUGGUGAUCUUGAUGAUAAGAUUUUGACGACGGCGGCGGCAGGGGGUGGCAAAUGCGAGGAAAGGGGAGGAGGGUUGGCUGGGGGAGGAGACGGAGGACCGAUGGCGGCGGGAGAGAGGAGGAACGGGUGCGCCGAUCAGGAACGACAAGUAAUGGACGGCGGCGGUCUAGAUGGCGAAACGAGAUUCGAACUGCUGACCUUAGAUAGCGUCGUUUCGAAACCUAAUAAUGCUACGGCGCCGCCGCCGCCGCCGCCGCCGCCGUCUUCGACGACGGGAACAAGAAGGAAUGGGGAAUCAUCCCCAAACAUAGCUGUUCUUACCCCUCUUUCCCAAACGACGGUGAUGGCGACGAGUGCGAAAGGAGAGAGAGAGGCAAAAUUAGCGGCAGCGAUGGCGGGAAGAGACAGCGUGAUUGUCCAGAUGGCGGAAGGGGAAGGGGGCAAGAUGACAACAGCUCAUUACCAGGAUUUCGCCGCGGGACGGGCGGAGAUCGUUGCGACUGUUCGUGUUAGUAAGGAGGAGGAGCAGAUGAAGUUCCUCAAGAAGUAUCCCCCCCAACCUUCUCCGCCUCUAUCUUCCCUCCAGUGUAAUCAUGCACAAGAUGGAUUUCGGGUAGUAGUAGGAGGAGGAAAAGGAGGAGGCGAUAGUGGAGGUGCUGACGUGGAGAUCAAGGAGGUCGAUGAUGAUGAGGAGGAGGAAAACAGGAGAGGGGGUUUGUUACUUGCCGACGCUGGCAUGAUUGAUAACAACGUCAGCAAACUCCAAGCCGUCAACAACAGCAGGAGCCACAAGUCGUCGUCCUCCUGCUCUCCUCUCGAACGCCGCUCGACUAGAGAGGGUUCUUCCACGAUAGAUUUGACCUGCAAGCUCGUAGAUCUGGGUAAUGCUUGCUGGACUUACAAGCAAUUUAGCAGCGAUAUACAGACUAGACAGUAUCGCUCUCCCGAAGUUUUGCUCGGUGCCAAGUAUUCGACCCCGGUAGAUGUUUGGUCCUUCGCUUGUAUCGUGUUUGAAUUGUGCACUGGCGAUGUGCUCUUCGAUCCCCACAGCGGCGACGGGUUCUCGAGAGACGAAGAUCAUCUGGCGCUGAUGAUUGAGCUCCUUGGAAGAAUUCCGAGGAAAGUUGCAUCCAAUGGCAAGUACGCGAGUUCGUUCUUCAAUCGCCACGGAGAACUACGACAUAUAAAGAAGCUGAGAUUCUGGCCAUUAGACGAAGUUCUGACGCAGAAGUACGACUUCGCGGAGGAGGACGCAAGAGGAGUCACAGACUUCUUGUUGCCGCUUCUGGAUUUCCUUCCAGAACGGCGCGCAACGGCGGAGAUGGCGCUGUGUCAUCCGUGGCUAAACCCUGUGCCGCGAUCGAUGGCCUCGUCAGCAAAAGAGGAGAUCAUCAGGGUGAACAAGGGAGAGAAAAGGGAGGAGAAGGUUGUCAGAGCGAAGCGGCAGCAGCAGCAGCAGCAGCGGCAGCAGCGGCAGGCGGGGGGGAAGGGGGUGGAACAGCGAGUGAAAGGCUUGCUGAUUACGGGAAGAAGAAAAGAUAGUGAACACUGCUCUGAUGACGAUGACGAGAGGGACGACGAUGACGAUGAGGAAGAUGAUGAGCAUGAUGAUCAUCAUCAUGUUGAGAGAGUGGGAGAGAGGAGGUGGUAGGUAGUAGUCGAUGAUCUAAGAUGGUCGAUUUUCAUGUUUUCUCUGAAUUUUUUUUCUUUAAUACAAAACUUGCCAAUGCGAUCUCUCUUCUCAACUGUAGCCGCCCCUUGUGUUUUACUCGUCUCUCCUUUUUUUUUUCACUCUCUCUCUCUCUCUCUCUUCCGUUCAUCCUCGCUGCUCUUUCUUUGUCGUCGUCAUGUCUCCGUGUCUCUUCGCUUCUCUCUCUUUCCGUUUGUUUCCGUUUGGAAUACUGCGAUCAGUUAGUGAUUUGGUGGAGGCUUUAGCUGUUCAUUACGGUCUCGCAUGUUGUGUCUUUUUUUUUCCCUUUUUUCUUUCCUUGUUCCUCCCCCUCCUUAAUCCAAUCCAUCCCUCCGUAACGCAACGGCGCAUUCUCUCUCUUUUUCUUUCUCGAGGAGCCCGCCAACCACUAACGGCCAUCGAAGCAAAUAGGUAGAAUAGACACGGGAACGACCAGGUUUAGAGAUUCUCAGAGUUGUAUACGUACUUGCCUUGCCUUGUUAGCUGCGUUAUGUGUUUUUGGCAGGAACCUGCUUCGGCUAUUUCAUAUUGGUCGGCGGCGCUGUCACUUACAACACUACUAUGUAGGACUUUUUUUGGGUACGUCACUGCAAUCAGACUACUGUUCAGACUACUGUAGCCUCUGUGAGACUGUCAUUUCUGUGCCAGUCCAUCAAUCAAUCAAUCAAUCCAUUAAUCAACUAACCAAUUAAUCAAUCAAUAGCAUCAAUCAAUCAAUCAAUCAAUCAAUUUCAAUCAGUAAAUUAGUGAAUCGAUGAACAAUGCAGAGUGUAAGGAUGUCGAAGGAAAUAUAUAUAACGCUCUAAAGAGAGUGCGUGCUCUUUUCUUAACCUUCGCGCGGCGAUGCGAUGUGCAUCAUGAUAGUUUUUUUUUUCUUUUUUUUAUAAAACCAUCAUCUCAGUUUUGAUGCCAAUUAUGAAUUGACAUCGAUGUGUCUCGGGAGGGAAAGGAAGAGAGGAUCUGAAGAAGUAGGGGGUGAGGGAAGGAGGGAGGGAGGGAGGCGGAUGUCGGCCAGCAGGUCAAGGGGCAUUUGGCAAGUUGUAUGCGUCCUGUAUCUCGUUGGUGGAGGAUUAAUAAUGGAGUUGCGUUCACGACAGUCUCUCUUUCUCUGUCUUUUCUUUUUCUCGCGGAAAUUACGUUUUUACUUAUUUCGAUGAUGGCAUCUCCGAUC